UCGUACACUGGGUACACUGUAUCGCCUGGGUGGACAGUAUAGUUACUUCAACAUUAAAUGGAAUAAAAUGCCGAGGAUUCAUGUAAAUAGAGACGUCGCUUGAGCGUAAUUAAUUCAUGCGUCUUGAUUUUGACGGGUCGCCUCUGGAGCGGGUGGUGGCAGGCCUAUUUUCGAUUCUUAUCAGCAAUAUUUCAGGGAGAGAAGUGUCGGCAGCUGCAAACAAGUUUGUCCCUUUUGUCCCCGUUGAGCAAACGAUGAACUGAGGACCUCCUCAACCUCAUACAUCUCUGCAGCACCCACUCUUCACCCACUGCUCGUCGGUAAAAGAAGUCGAUCUCGUUGCCUCACCGCACCUGGGCAGAGAAAUGCGUGUGUGCGCGUAUCCUCUGAUGCAUGACUGUGUGAGAGUUCUUGGGCUGAAGUAAGAGGUGGUAGUCUGCACUUGUCUCUCACCCUCCGGGAGGCCCUUUCUCUACUUGACUGACUACGUCGUUUGUCCCCGCAACUGCAAAGCAUCAUGGGUAGGAAAAAGAUUCAGAUCCAACGGAUCACAGACGAAAGGAACAAGCAGGUGACAUUCACAAAGCGAAAGUUUGGCUUGAUGAAGAAAGCCUACGAGCUGAGUGUAUUGUGUGACUGCGAGAUCGCUCUGAUCAUCUUCAACCACGCGAACAAGCUGUUCCAAUAUGCCAGCACCGACAUGGACAAGGUCUUGCUCAAAUACACAGAGUACAAUGAACCUCAUGAGAGCCGGACCAAUGCCGAUAUCAUUGAGACUUUGAGAAAGAAAGGCUUCAACGGUUGUGACAGUCCAGAGCCGGACGGUGAAGACUCCAUUGACCAAAGUCCCCUAAAUGAUGACAAGUACCGUAAGACCACAGAGGACCUGGAUGUUCUCUUUAAACGCUACGGACAGUCGACAGCUCCGCCCCAGACGUUCUCCAUGCCAGUCACAGUCCAGGCGUCCAAUCAAAGCACACUGCAAUUCAGUAACCCGGGCAAUGCACUGGUAACUACCUCCUAUGUAACAUCAUCGUCGCUCACGGAUACCCACCUCCUGUCACCACAGCAACCAGCUCUUCAGAGAAAUACAGUGUCUCCUGGGUUGCCACAGCGACCAGCCAGUGCAGGUGCUCUCCUCGGAGGCGAACUGAAUAAUUCAAAUGGAGGAUGCCCAAGUCCAGUCCCUAAUGGAUACACCAGUGCCAGGGCCUCCCCAGGCCUCCUCACCGUUUCCAACGGCAACAGUCUGGGGAAAGUAGUUCCGGCCAAGUCUCCACCCCCACCUCCCAGCCCCCAGAUGGUCAGCAGCCGCAAGCCAGACCUCCGAGUCAUCACCUCACAGGGUGGAAAGAGCCUCAUGCAGAUGACAGAGGAUGAGCUGGAAUUGGUAAACGAGAAUGCCCAGCGGCUGGCGGCUGGAGCCCAGGUGGCACAAACCCUUACCACACCGGUGGUCUCUGUAGCCACACCGAGCCUGCUGGCACAGGGGCUGCCCUUCUCCGCCAUGCCCACAGCGUACAACACAGAGUACCAGCUGACCAGCGCAGACAUCACUGCUUUACACGCUCUGGCGUCACCUGGUGGCUUGUUGCCAACCAGUGUGUCCACAUGGCAACAGCAGCAGGCUGUUUCCCAGCAACCACAGCAACAACAGCAGCAACAGCAGACACAGCAACAACAACAACAACAACAACAGCAACAGCAGCAGCAGCAGCAGCAACUUAAUCUUGCAUCACUCAGCAACUUGGUCAUGUGGGGCUUGGACAAACAGAGCAGCGAGCUGUCUAGCCAGGUGUCCAGCCUGGCUGCCAAUCUGAGGCCCGUGACCCAUAUACCUCAAGGUGCCAUGCUGACCGUCAACACAAGCUCCAGCGUGAGCAUCAAGUCGGAGCCUGUCUCGCCCGGCCGGGAGCGCAGCACCCCUUGCCCUCCUCCUUCCUCCACCACACCGUCCUCAACCUCAGGGGGAGCCGUCCUGACUGCUCCGCCGCAGUACCCCGGCUCCCUGCUGUGCCUGGAGCCGCCGACUGGUCGCUCGUCUGCAGAUAGUGUAAGCAGCAAUGCCAGCUCCUUCGAAGGCAGCGAUCGCGAUGACACUGGUGCAGCGGGCGGAGGCGGCGGCGGCAGCGGAGGUGCAGGUGGAGGCAGUGGCGGCGGUGGCAGCAACACAGCUGGCAAUACAGGUCCCGCCAGCCGGUCCAUGCCGCCGGACUUCAGCCCCUCGGCUGAGCUCCUCAGGGCGUCGAACGAACCAGAGCAGGAGGGAGGAAACAUUAAACGCAUGAGAUUGGACACCUGGGUCACAUAGAGGUGCCAGCACCAGCUCUCUGCACCCUCCGUGACGUUACGGUGACACUUAAACACCCACAACACACACCCCCACUCAUCCUUAAACCCCC